GUUUCUUUGCCUCUGGCCAGAUGGUGGCUCCUUGCGGGGAGUAGCUGUGUCCUUAUUUGGCAGAGGAGUACGGAAAGCAUCGAGGGUCAUGUAAAGCGGGUACUUCAAGAGACAGCGUGAACGCUUCUGUUGCCCCAGAUUUUGCAGGGAUUCUGUCCCUUGGCAUCUCUGUGAUGGAAGCCGGCUACAUUUUGCUUUGGGGGAUCUAAGUGGGAGCCCGUGUUCCUUUUGUACCCACUGAAGACUGCGAUCCUUUUGUUUGCUUGCAGCAUGGUGGAAAAGAAAGUAUCAGCGCGGUCCCAGGAUCCCAGCCAGCGCCGCAUCUUGGACCGGGCCACCCGACAACGGCGCCUGAACCGCCAGCUCGAAGCCUUGGAGAAUGACAACUUCCAGGACGACCCUCACGCCAACAUGCCCCAGCUUGUGAAGCGGCUGCCGCAGUUUGACGACGAUGCUGAAACAGGGAAGAAGAAAAAGAAAACCCGUGGGGAUCAUUUCAAGCUGCGUUUCCGUAAGAACUUCCAGGCUUUGCUGGAGGAACAGAACCUGAAUGUGAGCGAAGGGCCCAACUAUCUCACAGCCUGUGCCCCUCCUUCUAACUUGCCCCAGCGUCACUUCUGCACCGUCUGUGGCUUCCCCUCAAACUACACUUGUGUGUCCUGCGGGGCUCGCUACUGCUGUGUGAAAUGUUUGGGAACGCAUCAAGAGACUAGGUGUCUGAAGUGGACGGUUUGACAAGCGUUCCUGAGGAACUGCCAUUUGUUGACCUGUAUAUGGAGUGUGGUCAAGGCCUGCUAGGUGCCUGUGGAUCUGUUCAGCUGUCGGGCCCAGCACGUUCUCUCACAGAGCCGAAGUGUGGUAGACCGGUUUUUCAGGGCUGAGUGAAGAUCACUUGUGUUCUAUUGAUCUGCCACACACAUUGUAGUAAUAAAAACAUGUUUUUCCUAUUUGA